AUUAUAAGUAAGGUAUACCAGUUACGCAUCUGCUAUUAAUUACUUGGGUACCAUAAAAUUUAACAUAAGUUAAACAAUGAAUUAUUUAGGUAUAGCACUGUAACAUACUAACAUUCAAACAUAUUGACCCAUACUAGCUAGCACAAAUUGGCAUUAAGUUGGUAGUUUUGAUAACUAGUUGCUGGUUUUGAAAGAGUUGCCAACUAGCUAACACAAAUUGGCAUCUCUAUUAUACAAGUAUAUAUAUUGGGUCCAUAUAGUUGAUGAAUCACAUGCAUUGCUUAUUAGGGUUUUCUCUACUAACUCUCUGCCUUCACUGACUCACUGUUCUAUAUAAACUGCACUCUCCAGAAUCUGUCAUUCCCAUCAUCACCAUCUCUGAAUUUUUAGCUUCUUGAGUUCACCAUGGAGACCUCAAAGCUCACAGCUUUUCUCUUCUCCAUUCUUUUCAUUUCCUCAGCCACUCCCACUUUGGGCUGUGGGGGUUGUGACCAGCCCAGUCACGGCCGUCCCAGUCACGGAGGUCACAAGCCGAAACCCUACCCACCGGUGGUCAAGCCGCCGGGGAUUCUCCCUCCGGUCACCCUCCCGCCAAUCCUCAACCCUCCGGUGACCCUCCCGCCAGUCACUAAGCCGCCAGUAGACCUACCUCCGGUCACUCUCCCGCCCGUGACUAAGCCGCCGGUCACCCUGCCCCCGGUCACCCUCCCUCCCGUAGUUACUCCUCCGAUAACGAACCCGCCCUCGUACGGGAGCGGGGGCAAGGGGUCCGGGGGCAAGCCGUGUCCGACACCCCCGGCGACGUGCCCGAUCGACACCCUGAAGCUCGGCGCGUGCGUGGACAUUCUGGGAGGUCUGAUUCACAUAGGGCUGGGCGACCCCGCCGUGAACGAGUGCUGCCCCGUCAUUCAAGGGCUGGUGGAGCUUGAGGCGGCGGCGUGCCUGUGUACAACCCUAAAGAUUAGGGCACUGAACCUUAAUCUUUAUGUCCCGCUUGCCCUUCAGCUGCUUAUCACCUGCGGGAAGACUCCUCCUCCUGGUUACACUUGCUCUGUGUAAAACAGCUCAGGCCAUGGCUGUGCCAACGCUUACUAAUUUGCAGGUUUUGGCUGUAGGUUUGAUGAAUUGACAUGAAAGGAUGUCAACAGUGAAGCAUGUGAUUUGUGUUUGUCACUUUUCUAUGAAUCCUCAUCCCACCCAUAUUUCUUUCAAUCUUUUUUCCAAUCUUUCUACUAUAGUGUGUGGUAGACCUGUCCACUGUGUUGAUUCGAACUGUACGAGCACCUUUUGCUGUAUUUGAAUAGUAUUUUAUUUCAAGUGUUUUGUUACAACUUUUUUAUAUUCCGAGUCAUAGAUUGAAAUUUCAAGUGGCGUUCCACAGUUAGAUUUUUUUCAUUAUUGUUGUUAGACUUGUUACAACUUAAUUAUGAACUCCCUUGUCCCGUUUUGUACACCUUCCGUGUAUGCCAUUUCCUUACAAAUAAAAUCCACCAAUAUAUGUUGUGAAAGGACAGCUAAUAUGAAUCAAUUUAAAUUCAUUAAUC